AUGAAAAAUGUAUCCAUAAAAGAGCUUUUCUCAAGUAAAGAUCAGAGCAUGGUCAUGAAAUGUAUUACAUAUCUUCGAAACAAGCAGAUAGACCUUAUGCUUCAGAAAUCUGAUCCGGCUAUUGUCUACAAAUCAAUAUUCGCCGAACUAGAAGAGAAGCCUUCUGAUUUUGACCAAUUGGAGUGGGAUAAAAUGCGAUUCAUUGCCUAUUUAGCCUUUGCUCAGCUUCUUGGCAAUGAUUUUUUGAUUAGUUCAACUCCAAUUUUGACGAAGUAUGGGCCAUUGUUCAGUUGCUUGUGCUUCUGCUGCAUAUAUUCAAAAGACAAAAUGAGUAUGACACAGGAUUUGACGAAAAUUUUACUAGAUUAUCUUCAAAAAUUAUUAAUUAACCAACAAGCACUUCCAUUUUACUCCCAUAACUCAGCAACUGAUGUAAAGCAUAUUCUGUCAUUUCUCACGCAUUCAUCAGUUGAAAAACUUAAGGAUACUUUUCUACAAGUCGAUAUCAACAAAUUAACAUAUUCAGAUUACUCCAUUCUCUACGAUUCGAACCUAGCAUCCCACCAGAACCCGAACGUCAUCAGAAAAUUCUUCACAUCAGAAAUUUCUCCAAGUUUUAUUAUCGACCGUUUCUUCAAGUUCUGGCGCAAGAUCUUUGACACACCGAAUCUCCGGGACCCGAAGGAGAACCAGGGCUACUCAUCUCCCGAAAUUGCUCAAUCUGUUGAAAAAAUUUCUAAAAUCUUCGAGAGCGCUACAUAUCAGAAAUAUUCUGAGAUCUCACCGAAUUUCCGAUGGCGAGAGAUCUUCAAUUUCUUCGAAAUGACUUACGAUGCGACACAUCAAGGCCGAGUUAUGUUAUUUAUCGAUUACGCGCUGAGAACCAUCAAAAAGAUGCACGUCGAAAUAGAAGCAGUCAUGGUAUCAAGGUUAUUCUGCAAUCACUACAAGAAAAAUAUAUCAUAUUCAUAUUAUCCUUAUUUUAUGCAAGGAGUGAUAUCAGCGAUACGUAGACAAACACUCAAAUUGAUGAAUGUAAGAUUCCCGAUGCUUUUGGCUAAUAAAGACGCAAUUCUUUCGACAAAAUAUUAUUUCAAAGAUCAAAAUCAAAACAAUUCAGAUUUAAUGAACGAAAUCGACAAAGUAUUAUACACACAAGUAAAUCCAAUCAUUGUACAGACUCAGGAAGCAGGAGAUGCCUUAGUUGACAAAUGUAACCAGAAAUUCGAACAAAUUACUUACGGAAUUGAAGCACCUCUUACUUUUGGUGUUGUCAAUACAUUGGAGAUCAUUUCCAAGAUAGGAGGAGCUCCAGAAGCCGAAAAUGAAAAAAAUUCAACAAUAUUUUUCGGAGUUCGCGAAUUUCUUGAAUACGCGAUCAAAUUAUUAGUCGCAUUGACCUACAAGAUCACGGAAGAACGUCGAUACGCUGAAAGACAGUUCAACAGGUCUUCAUUAUCAAAUUUGACAUUAUUCCCUUCACUUUUUUCAACAAUUUCCUCUCUUUUCAAGGAUUUACCAUCUACAUUUGAGAAUGUUGCAGCUCAAAUCAUCUGCCAAGCUUUAUUUGAAGCAGUUCAAAAUCAUGAAGCAUCAAUUGAGCUAAUUCAAGCAUUUGCUGAGUCCUCAGCUGCCAAUCCAUCAUUAUUCCGCACAAUAACGCGCCAAAUGAUCUUCCAGGCCCUCCAAAUCUUCCCAGAUUUGACUGAUUUUAAUUUCGAAAAAGCCAGUACUGUAACCAACUGGGUUUUCUUCCUUAUAAGGUUCUCCAUCAAGAUAGACAACUCAGGACACAAUCUCAUUGGUCUUUUCCACUUUUACAAAUCUCCAAUCGUAAUUCAGACAUUUAGGAACAUUUCUAUGAUCGCAAACCCCCUGACAGUUCUUAAACUGUUCAGAGUCAUCCUCAAAAUCGCAAAUAGAGACGGAGCAAAGAUAGAUGCGAAUAUGGAUUCUGCAUUCUUGGUCAAAAUCAUUGAAGACCUCAAAGGAACUAUUUCUUAUAUCCAGAACAGGUUCUUGGACGUGUUCUUUACUGUUGAUAAGCUACAAAAUUUAAUUCCAUUUCAUAUCCAAUUGAUAGAGAUGUGUUUGACCUCUGGAGACAAGAAACUCAUCGAUCUUGUGUCUCCUAUCAUCACAAAAUUCAUAAAUACCCAGAAAUUGAAGUCAGAUUUGGAAUCAGAUUCUCUGAGGAACUUAAUUUCGAAAUGGUACUCCGUAAUGAACCAAUGCAGUCCAGAUGACCUGUACGAGAUGCUCAAAUGCAUGCAAAACCAUCCUUCAACUGUUUUAUCUCCAAUUCAAUCGAAAAACUUCGAAGAAAUUGGGGUAACGUAUGAAUCAGUUGGUUGUGAUAUCUCCAAAUUCCUCUCCGCCAUCUUCAAACAUGUAAAAGAAGACGAUGAAGAGGCUGCACACUUAUUAGCACUGUUAAACAUCGCUUUUGAGAUCAUUAAAGAGGAAUUCACGAAGAACUCUAAGAGAAUAAGCGAUGCAAUAAGACAAAUCCUGUUUAUUACAAAUUACAUUUCAAAAUUUUCCAAAAUUAGAGGAAAAGUUUUGGCAUUUACGGACAAAAUGAACGAAUUCUUUGUCCAGCCAUUCUGUACUGGCUAUUCUACGGCGUAUCUCAUCAAUCUUUUCAUUACAUGCGGAUCUACCGAAUCGAAAUCGAGCCAGUUCAUGGAAUUGGUCAUCGAAAGGUAUCUGGCUAAAUGCCAGGCAUUCGGAUACCCAGUAUCUGUCAUGGAAACCGUUGUAGAUCAGAUAUAUGAAAUGGUUUACUCGGAAAAGUGGUUUGCAAUCAAAUGCUGUGCUUUCUUAUUCAUCACAAAGUACUGCAUAAAGGCUUUGCCACCUCGCAGACUCGAAUUCCAGCUCUAUUUGAGAAGUGUUGACGAAAUGAACUUCAAAACAUUCAAUAAAUUCCUCAAAGCAUACGAGCAAGGCUUAGACGAGGAAGGAAAGAGGGAAUACGUCAUGGCGAUCUACAAUUGCCGCAAUUUCAGACUGAAUAACAUCUUAUUAAUGUUUAUUCACCGAACAAAGAAGCUAAAAGUCCCUGUCCAAAUCGAAAGCUUCUCAGAACUCAAUCCUAGAGAUUACAUGUCCUUCUUCAUCCACGCAAUUCUCAUCAUAAACUGUGGUUGUACACAGGGAAUGCUUCCGACCGAGGUCGUGAUCGAAAUUCAGAACUUUACAAAAAUGCAAAAUGAACCGAAAGACAAACAAAUACUUACGUUUUUGUUAAUUGAUGCUAUCCUUGAGCACCAAUCGUAUGCCGAUUUAAUUUUCCCUGAAAGAACUUAUUUAAUUAAUUUUAUCCACAGAUUCAUUGGUUAUCACCAGACAAAGAACAAACUCAUCAAGAAGUUGCUAUCAAGAUCUAUAUAUAACCUAUCAUUGAGGUUCCCUAACGAUACAAAUGUAAUAGGAUAUCUCAAACAACAGGCUAGCGCUGAAAGCCAGAUCUUUUACUACAUCAGAACGAUUCCUCAUCUAUGCAACCCAUCGUUCAUCAAGGGAAUGAUCAUGAAAAUCAAGUUAUUCUCCGAUGAUGAUCCAACAACUAACAAUCCACAGGUUCCGAAGCCAUCAUUCGACGAGGUUGUUCGAUGCUUCAAGGUUUUGGGAUCAGACGAAUGGAUGGAAAUACCAGGAGUCCAAGAUCAAAUUCAAAUUGACACAUUUAUUGCAGCAGUUUUGAAUUUGAUGGCUUCACCGUCAAUCCCGUUCUGGCCAGUGUUCGGAAAAUCCGUCUUAAACUUCUGUGUCAGGUUUUCCGGCAAAGUUACGAAUAAUCUUUAUACUCCACGGUUUAUUACUAAUCCUAGGGCCAGCCAGUUGAUGGAAUACUUCAUAAUCAAUGAUAAAUCGAACGCUUUCUUGCAGGAAUUCAUUGCUAUCUGUCAACAAUCUCAUGAUCUUUCUAAUAUUCCGUUUUUGUUCAUCAGAAUAUUCCAGACGCUUGUCAAAGUUGACAGGUUCGCCAAGGAUCCCAACUUUGUUAAGGAUAUGAACCAAAUUUUCCACAAAUUACUUGAUAAUUAUUCCAAAUCUCGUUUUACAAACGAUUUAUCAUUUGUCAUCUUGUCAGUAUACGCAGAAGCAUACUUAGACUUGAUCAAGCAGGAACUUGACUCCGAAAAGAUCUUCACUUUCUCAGAACUCUUCAUUUACUCAGAAUUUCGUCACGCCGAUAUCUCGUCACUUUUCAAGCACGCUAUAUUUGGUCGGAAGGAUGCAAACAGCCAAAAUGUUUACCAAAACAUUAUUUUCCAAUGUUCAACAAAUAUAUCAAGAUAUGACGUGAAUGUUUUGGAUAUUUUACUAUCAAAUUCACUCAAGUCAUGUCCAGGAGCUAAUUACGAGAUGGUUUGGACCAUUCUUGUCCAGAACUUGGAGUUUGGAUACGAACAACUCUAUUACACUUCAAUCCACAACGUAAGAAUAAUAUUACAAUUAGAUUUCCCUGUUCUAUCCAAAUUCCCAAUGUUCGCAAGGUUCAUUCCAGCCAUAAUGUCCAAGUCCAACCCAGAUAAUAUCAUAGAAACCUUCAAAGCGUUGACAAUUUACUCAAAAAAGUCAACAAUGCCUCCAAGAUUACUCUAUGAUAUCAUAAAGCACAUUUUCAUCAACGGUGCUCUCAUUGAGAACCCAUACAAGCGCGACGCUUUCGAAUUCCUUCAUGCAAACGAGAAAUCUCUCGACAACCUCCCAUUAGAUGUCAUUGAAUCGAUCCAUAUCUUCAUAACAGACAGAUUGGGAACGAAAUUUUCGAUUCCUUUAUUGAAAGAAUUCCCAAUUUUCGAGAAAUACCUUCCAUUCUCAGCAGCAGCGAACACUGCACACAAUUACUGGACAUACAAAGAGAAACAAGCCAAUCUUGACCUUUGUAUUUGGCAUGGAAUCCAAUUUUGCAUCAAUAUUGAAUUAACUGAAGAAGAAAAAGUUAUUUUCAGCCAAACCAUCAUUGAUUACAUCAUAUUCUACAUCAAGGAUAAAGAGAGAACGAAAACUAAGAUCAAUGACAAAGAAUUCAACAUAGUAAUGAUAAAUCUUUUGCAAUUUAUCAUGAAAAAGCCACAAUCCGUUGAAUUCCCCGAAUUCAUUGUCAGAGAAUUAGUUUCCCAGCUCAAUGACCAGUCAAUACCCGAAUCAAUCCAAGUAGUAAUCUUCUGUUGCAUGAUGAAAUAUUGUUCAUUAAAACUCAUCUCAGAAAAUUUCAAAUAUGUCAAAGAAAUUUUUGAGAGCCUCAGAAAUAAUCGUAUUAUGACAAUCGAUAAUUUCUUUAAACACAUGGCAUCAUGUAUUUUAGGAUUACCAACCACAGAAACCCAAUAUUUCCAAUUAAUUAUUGAAUCUAUCACUUAUUUGUUUUCAUUCGCUCCAUGUAGGACUUAUUUCAUCAAAGCAAGGAUCCUUAUCGAAGAAGUAUCCAAGUCCAACCAUCCACAGAUCGAAUUCCUCACGGAAGCCCGAGAUUCCCUCAUAAAACUCGUGAAAAGAUACAAUAGCCCAUUAAUUUCAGAUAUAAUCGCAAUUCUGAUAGAAAAAGCGGUUUGUCUCAAACCUGAAUUUCAAUACGAAUACAUUUUUAAGAUGUUAUCUACUGCGCAGAACCAGUUAAUCAUGGCUAGCCACAAAAUAAUCACGAAUUCAAAAGUAGAUCCGAAAGUCAGAUUUGAUUUGAUUAAAGCGAUCACUAAAUUCGUGACUAAUAAUCAUAUCAAUGUCUACGAAAGACUUUUAACUGGUAUGCAGAAGUUUUCCGAAGAAACUAAUAUUGAUACAUCAUAUAACAGGGUCAGAAUCCUUAUUUGCCAGGCCAUUUCAUCUAAUCCAAGCACCAGAGUUAAAGCAGCCAACGAAAUCAUUCAAAUUCUCGGUGAUGAUGAGAAAAUUAGGUUUAAUUUGUUGGUUGACAUCAUUCCUUUCAAGAUGUGGAGCAACAGCACACUUCCUUUCAUGUCAUUGUUGAUCUCCAAGGUGAAUAACGACUGGAACACCCUUGUUGCACUCUCAAAUCUCUUUGAAGAUGUUUCAAUCCAAAUUUCCACGAAUUGUUUUUCAAAAAUUUUGGAUGAAACAACUGUAAAAUCAAUGAGAACUCUGCUCUGCCAUGCUCUUGAAUCACGUAAUGGCUCCAGGCAGUUCACAAACAUAAUACAAGCCAUUGUUACUGCGUUUUCUAAUUCGAAAUUAAAUCUUCCAUUCGAAUUAGUCAGAAAAUCUACGAAAUUCGCACCAUUACAAUGGGCAUUAGAGGAAUACAUCGAUGAAAACACAGAUGACAACCAUCUUGUCCUUUGGCACGAGCAAAACCUUGCGUUAUUUGGUAAAUUAGUUGGAAAAGUUCCUACAGAAGAACUCGCAGCUGCUGCAGCCUUCUUUUUAAGGAAUCCAUAUCAAACAGCAACAGCUAUUUUAUCAAUGUUGCCAUCGACACACGCGAAAUCGAUUGAAAAACUGAAAAAGCUUUCAAUUUAUUUCUCAUCGGAAUCUAAUUUCGUCACUCACAUGGUGAGAAAUUCUGAUUCAACUCCUGAUAUCAUGUUGGAUGAGAUCGAGAAAUUAUCAAGGGUCAUCACUGUUCAACCAGGGGAUUCAUUGAAAGGAGAUAUUUCAUCGAUCAGAAAGAUGAACAUCCAAUACAUCAAAUCCAGACCUUACAUGACAGCUUGGCAAGCUUCCCGUGCUCUUUCCAUACAAUUCUUAGUCUCUUUUGCAACAGAUUUCGCAAAUAACGGAAAACUGACAGAAAGAAUUCCAUUCAAUGUUUUCCAUUACAUCUCCAACAUGCCACACCUUAAAUUCCUUUCUAUUUUAGGUGCUUCCCCCUUCGAUACUGUAUAUCAGAAUUCCUGGGUUACUCCCAACGGCGAAUGUUUAAUUUUGCCACAUUAUUCAUUGAUAAUUUUCAAAGAAAUUGCGGGAAUGAUGAAAUACAGUGACAUUGCAGUUCCUAUUGAGAAAAUUGAGCCAGCAAUUCUUAAUUUCCAGUCAUUAAUAAUGAAAAGGGAUUUAACCAUUCAUCAUUUGAUUGCAUGGAUGAUGUCUUCGUAUCAUAUAUUCAUGAAUACUCCAAUUCCUGUUUUCUUGAAAACGGCUGUUGAUGCAUCAUUGGCAACACUCACUUCUACAUCGAAUAACUCAACUUAUGCUAUUGUUUCUGCUGGCCAAAUUGUUUCUUUGUUGAGAUUGGGAUAUGGAUCAAAUGACAGACUGUUAAAUGAUGCUGCUUUCCAAGCAUCACAAAUGAUUGGAGAACUCGUGAAUGAAAAGAAAGAUUCAUUGAUGUUUUGGGCUCCUCAAAUUUUGUCUUUGAUGGAGAAAAGUGCUGUGAAAGAUUCAAUCCAAGAUAGUUAUAAGACAUAUGAAUUCUUUAAUGCAUAUUAUACAUUUAGAAGACGUCAAGGAUCCAAUGAUUAUCUCAAAGAACCAUCAAUUGCUUUCUUGCACGAAUUAGAAGUUUUUGUUGAUUAUUUGUUUAGUUUGGAUUGGACAACUUACAUGAACCAAAAAUGGCUGAAAACACUGAUCCAAGAAACAGCAGCACUUCCUGAUGAUGAAAUAGAGAAAAUAGAUAUUCCUAAGAUAUCUAAUUCCGUUCCAACGAGUUCGUUUGAAGUUGCUGUCCAUAAAACACAUCAUUGGUUUAAUUUCUGUAACAAUUUUACUGAAUUUGCCAUGAAAUGCAAAGAAAGCGUUUCUAACAGAACUGUUUUAGAUUUACUCGCCGAGUUGUUGCCAAGUGAAAAACAAUACCAAGACACAAAGAAAGAAAUAGAAAGUCACUUGCAACAAGUAAAUCUAAGAAUAAGAUCUUUCAUGCCUUCGAAACAUUUCUUUGACAAAAUUCAGUUCAGAAGAUUUACCCAUGAAAUUGAGAAAAUCUCUGAUGAUACGUUCGUUUUGCAAGCAAUGUUAUUCGAAGCAAGAAAAGUAUUUAUUGCUAUAACAAGAGCUGAAGCAAAUACUGCUUUAAACGUUGCUGUAAACCUUCUUCAAAGUUUGGCAAAUAUGGCAAAAGAAAAUCCAUUGAAUGUUACAAAUGUUCCGAGGUUGACAUCCCCAAUAUCAAUGAAUAUCGGGCCAAACUACAGAGCAACUUUCUACAUGACUCCUCCACAAUACAUGACAUCGAUGUUUUACGAAGCUGUCGGAGUAAAAACGACAGAAUGGGAAGCAACACCAGAAAACAUCCAAAAUCUGCCGACAGAAAGAGCAAUGAGAUAUCUUUCAACGAGAUUCACAAAGAUGCAUUUCGUUGCAAUGAGGAACUCAAUGCUACAGAGUGUUUCCGCUUCUUCUUCUGUGAGACAUCUUUUGGGAACAAAUUAUCCGAAUUUGAAUGAAAUUGUUUUGUUACUCAAAAGUGGAGAAAUUUCUUUGUUGCCGUCAUCGAUAACGAACGUGUCUAGAGAUAUACCUGAGUUGUCUUCAUUCAGAUUGUCUCCAAACAUCAGUUCUUUGCUUGGUCCUGGAUACAAAGGAAAAUUAGCUUUUUCAAUGUCGCAUUUCAUGACUGUUUAUAAUGAUAUGCUACCAUUGUUGAUACCAAUGAUACACCUAUUCUAUAUUGAGAAGUUUAACAUAUUCGAAAUGUCCGAAUUGAAACAAAUUUCGGAUAAUUUGGUCGCAAGAUCGAGACAGCUCGUUUUACCAAAUAUCUCUUGUUCAACAGAAAAGGAUGCUGUUGAUUGGAUGGAAACCGUUUUAAGUUUGAUUGAUGCUGCUUCAAUUCCUGAUGACAAACCCGUUGAAUCAAUUCCUUGGUUUUGA